AUUUGAUUUUUUCUUUUGUUCCUUUCAUUUUCCCAAUUUUUUUGCAACCUUAUCUAUUGGUGCAAACAGUGCUCUUACAUUAGCUGUAUAAACGUUACCCCUCUUUCACAUAUCCCAAGAAAGAUCAUCUUCUUUCUAUUAUACCACUAAUUUUUGGCAGGGAUUUAUCCAAGCGCAAAUUUAUAUUGCCUUUCGCGAACCAAAGACUGUUGGUUUUUUUUUCCUUACAUAUUCAAAACUGUUUACAAAUUUCUGAAGCCAAAAAAAAAAGAACAUGAAACUAGCAACACUUCUUUAUUGUGUUUUGAUCUGUCUAACACUAAUUGUUUGGAAAUUCUUGUCACAACCUUCAGAAUAUAUGACGGACUGGGCCAAUAGUCAGUUGGCAUUUUAUCAUGGUUCUACAUCAAGUUGGUCUGUUACAACUGGUAAAUACGCUGACAUUUGUAGAGAGCCACCGCCUAUUAGCAAUCGCAAGCAACAUGGAUAUUUCCUGCAUAUAACAGACAUGCAUGUUGAUUUGGAUUAUAAAGACGGUGCCACUGUAAAAUCUGCUUGCCAUUUCGUACCUUCUACUUCAAUAUUAAAGAAAAAUAAGCAAACAUCAGUGCUGGCUGGUAAAUACGGUGCCCCAGGAGAAAGAUGCGAUGCGCCUAUCAACCUUGCAAAAGAAACCCUCGAUUGGAUUUCUAAGGAAUGGAAAGAUAAACUUGAUUUCGUUAUUUGGACAGGUGACAAUGCAAAGCACAAUUGGGAUAAGAAAAAUCAUAAAAGAAAGCGAAGAGAUGUCUAUGAGCUUAAUCAACGCGUGACAGAAUUAAUGAUGGAAACAUUCUGGACAAAUGAUAAAAUACCCGUUAUCCCAAGCUUUGGUAAUAAUGACGUUUAUCCUCAUAAUCAAAUUGGUGGCUCAGACGUGGAUGGUGAUUUACUUUAUUUUUUUGAGCGUUUAUGGAGGCCGUUAAUACCCAUUCGUCAAAGAACAACUUUCAAAGAAGGUGGAGGGUAUUACAUUGUCAAGGUAGCUCCUCGUCUGAACGUAAUCACUCUCAACUCUAUGUAUUUCUACUACAAGAACAAGGCGGUCAAUAACUGUGUACAUAUAGAUAGCCCAGCAAGUGGACAGUUGAGAUGGUUUGAAAGUCAACUCGAAAAAGCACGUCAGUUGAAUGAAAAAGUAUAUGUCAUAGGCCAUAUCCCGCCUUCUCCUCGUGAUUAUAAGAACACAUGUUUGGAGGAGUAUAAGCGUGUGGCUGCGAUCUAUUCCGAUGUAAUCCAGGGACACUUUUUUGCACAUUUAAACAUGGAUCACUUCCUACUUUUUGAUGGCCGAGAUAAUAUCAAAUCUUCCUCGCCAUUUUCACAGCAAAAACCAUUGGAAGAAAUGGAUGACGACGACAAACCGCGGAUUGAGGACGAAGAUGAAGGAGAGCAUGAUAUCCAUACAACUAGAAACGUUAUGCGCUACAUGGAUUGGCUUAAAUCCAUGUAUCAAGCAUUAGAGCCUUUAGACGGUGAAAUAGCAACACCACAUGAAGGUCACCCGCCAUUGUUUGUUAUUCAAAUUGCGCCUUCUGUUAUACCUGUCUAUUCCCCGUCUUUCCGUAUUUACAGAUACGCAUUACAAUCCUCUGAUAGUCUCAGCAAGAACACAUCUCAGAAUCGAACUCAUAAAAAAGAUGAAGGCAUCAUAUCGCGACCCUAUGGUACUCUACUAGGGUUUUCGCAGUAUUACGCAAAUUUAACAAAAUGGAAUAAUCCUGAUAUGGCAGAGGAAGAGAACCUACAAUAUGAGUUGGAGUACGAUACCAAAGAAGCGUACAAUAUGGAAGACUUGACGGUAACAUCUUAUUACGAAUUAGCCAAAUUGAUGGUAGAUGGUAGCGAAAAGGGUGAUAAACUUUGGUCAAAGUUUUGUGACCACAUGCUGGUCAAGAGUCAAACUGUAACCACGUAAAUAGUAUUUAAAUUGAUCACAUUCAUAUCAAAUAUAAUAUACACCUCCUUUUUAAAAUGGUGUUACGCAUUAAAAGGUUUAAUUCGUCAUGUGUAUC